AUGCCCAACGAACCACCGAGCCCUCGACCGAUCGGCCUUUCUCAAAAGCUUCGCGACUUGAGCCGGUUGCGUUCCAAAGGGAUUGAGGACAAAGGAGAAGCUGAACAGUUUCGCAUGGUACACGCGCCGGACCGCCCACACAGGAUCAUCACACCUGUUGAAGCGCCGUCGGAGGAGGAGUGCGGCGACACGAUCUCGAGCUGGCACAAGGCCGUCAAAGAGGAUAGUGAUAGCGAAGGGGAAGAAGAAAAGGCCAGGCCGGCGAGGUCGUACUGGAAAACUCCUGACUACACUGGAGGUCACCCGGGCCGGUUUCAGCAGUCUCAGCAUCACGAACCUCACGCACGAGGACAUUCGCACAUCUAUACUCCGAGUGGGUUGAGUCAGGAGGUGCACGUUGACUCGUUUCAAGAAGGCUCACGGGGUGCUCGGAGGAGUGUCAGUGAACAUAACGACAAGAUGUAUUUGGAACCACCUGUCCCUCGUCCGCUGGUGCCGAACAAGAGCAAGGAGAGGCAGAGGUAUUUGCAGCAGGUCACUCCGCCAUCGGUGAAAGAGGGCGUGGUGGAAAGAGAUAUCUCGCGCGGAAGGGGAAGGGAAAAGGCCGAGCCUCCUCGGGUACCAGCAGCGGCAACACAUUCCUUGCCUAGAGGAUGCAAAAUCCAGACCACGGAAGCUGUGCGUCGGGGCCAGUGCCCGUAUUGCAGAUGUCAGCUUGGCAACAGGACUUACCUGACCUGCCCGAACCCACCCUGCGGAAAAGGGUUGACUACCUUUGAAGGGAGUUGGAUGGCGCCGCCCAAGCUGAAGGAUAGGAGGCCCGCCUCGCCGUCGAUAUUUGGUGUCAUCGGCAGACAGCUUCUCGGGCGCCGCCCGUUGAAGUCAUCGCCAGAUAGUCCAGGUUCCUCGCCCAGCCAGCAGAAACGCUCAGGAACUAACACCCCAGAAGCACUGGCUACCCUACCAGAGUCAAUAGCCUCUGUAGGGAGUCGACGAUAUAGAACCCCCCCGCCGCCGCCAACAGGGACAUCCAGACGAGGAGUGAGGACGUCCUCCCCAGCGGACCCGACCUGGCCACACAAACCCUCCAGCCACGAACGAGACAGAAAACGUAUCCCACCCCCAGUCCACAUCCACCAACACCCCCGCUUCGACCACCUAAAUCGGGAUUACUCCUCCGACUCAUCAAGAGCAUCAACCCCCAAAAGCCACUCUCCAGCUCCCGCCCCCCCACCGCAGAUAACCCUCCCCCUCCGCCCAGCACCACCCCCUUCCCAACCCCCGAGAUCAGCUCCCCUCCGAGCCCCUGCCUCGUUAAACAACCCCCAACAACAACAACAACAACAACAACAGCAACAACAACCCCCUACCAAGCCAUCCCUCGUAUCCAAAUUCUCCACCACCCACCAACCUCCGCAACAAUACCCGCCUUCCCACAUCGCCUCAGCCUUAUCCUCCUCCCUCCCCCAAUCAACCGCACCCUCGUUAGAUUGGAUCCCUCCCUUUGAACGCUCCCUUUUUUAUCCAUACUCCUACUCCAAACCCCCUUCCCCGCCUAAAAAGUCUUCUUCUCGGAGACGCUCCCAGUCUCAACACAGUUAUCCUUCCCAACCGCCUCUGCAAUCCCGGUUUGGGGUCCAGCAACAGUCCAGCACACAAUCUGACGGGCAGGGUGAUUACCUCGACGAUAUCUACGACCACUACGGUGGUGGUGAUGGUGGUGAAAAAGGUGCAUCCGACACCGACGUCACCACCAAGGGCCCCGAGAAGGUUGCCACAAAGCAAAAGAGCUGGAGUUCGUCGAAAUAUUCGACUGGCAGGAGAAGUGAGGACACAGACGAUGGUGAUGAUGAUGAUGAUAAGUGGAAUCAACUAGAUGACGUCGAGACGCCUACUCAACUAAAACCAACGCCGGCUUUUGGGGUUGGGGGGGGAACAACUGAGGGGAAGGGGAGGAGGGAGGGAAAAGGGGGGUAUAAAUCUCAAGCGGAGAACAAAGGAUUGAGUGUUACCACGAGGGAAAAGGAAGGGUCAAAGGAGAGGUUGGCCAAGGAGUUGGAGUUGAGGAGGAUGAAAUGGCUUUAA